GAGUACUAAUACCUCAUGGUAUUAAAACUUACUAUAGUAUUUGGUACUAAGCAACCUAAGUAAUUGGAGUGCAAUCUAAGUAACUGGGUCAGUUUAAUGGAAUAUAAUUUCGAAAAAAAUUGUAUUCGAUUCGUUAAAGAACGACUUACUAUUUACGUGACCAUGAUUCAUUUGGAUGGAGUCGGUUUGCAGGAGACAGCACGUGCAGUUAGCGCGGUGCAACUCAAAGCAUGUUCCCACCACGGAAAGUAUUACACUACUUGCCAAGAAGUCUUGCAUAUUGGUACAACCCAUGCCAUUUUGACUCAAAAACUCAAAAUUCUUCACUGGCAAGUUUUAUGAGACGGUCAGAAAAGGCCAGGAAAAUUCUAAGAUGACUCGUGAGUUCUCUGAUUGCUUCUUCGACUACAAGUUGUGGAAAAUGGGUGAUUAGUUCAGAUGUGUACAAUGCAUGUUGUAUUAUUUACUAUUAUUUUUCACCCAACGUUUAACUGAAACACGAAACUAUUGGAAUUACUUAUGGAAGUUGAGGAUGCCCCAAUGCAUCAUCAAAGAGAAAAAACAUUGUCUUUGUUGACUUUGUGUGGCUCUUUGCUGGUUUUGUACAUCAUGUGAAGAGAAGAAUUUGCAAUGUGAAGUGAAGGUGGACUUAUAACCAUAUUUUAAUGGUUUGGAAACAGCUUUGUAACAAGGGUUCCAAUAAAAUGGUACAGAAGGAAUUAAUUAAAAUUGAGUUCAAAAAGAUGUUUUUAGAAGCAUUUUUGAAGUUUAUAGUUGUCUUGCAACAAAACAAUGCUAAUGCAACUCAAAAUAAAAUUAAAUAAUAUAAACAAGUUUCUGUGAUGCACAUUUGAUGUUUGAAAUGACAUCCUAGAUGCAUGGUUUGAAAGAUUGCUUAAUCUAAAAGAUUUCUUUGAAAUUAAGUAUAUUCUAUUGUGCAACACAGCAUGAUGUAUCCUACUGGAAUUGAAGUAAUGAUGGAACUUGUGACUUGAAAGAAGGAUGAAUGAGAAUAUACUAGCUAUCUUCAUGGUCAUUAUAUGAAGAACCUUGAGUGGAAAGUAGAUGG